AUGAACAAAAAAAAAUAGAAAAUAAACUCGAAGAAGAAAAUGAGCAAGAAGAAAAUGAAAAAGAAAAAGAAAUAAAGAGAAAAGAAUAAAAAAAGAGAGAAAAAGAAAUAAAGAGAGAAAAAGAAAUUUAGAGAGAAAAAAUAGAUACAAUCGUUAGAUCAUAAGUUAAAUAAUCCUUAAAAUAUCCAAUAAAAAGAGAAGAAGCUAAAUUUAAAAAUUUAUAAUAGUAAUAACAGCAUUUUGAAGAGAUAUUAUUUAAUUAAAAUCUUAAUCCAAUAUUAAGGACUAUUUUAGAAAAUGAAAAAUAUGAGAGACCUAAAUAUUGCAAAGCAACUUAAAACAAAUUCAAAGCUAUCUUAGACAAACUAAAUUAAUUGGUGA